AAGGAGCGAGAGAUAGAGACGCCCCCCCCCUCCCCCCUCCCCCAACACCGCCGGCCCCGUGUCGAUUUGGAUGGUGGUCGUGCAGGGGGCGCAGUUGGUGUGGCGCCCGAGGCCGGAGCCGGUGACUGCGAGAUGAGGAGGGGGAAGCCGCGCGCUGGCAGCCCGCACUGCCUUUGGUUGCUCGCGGCCGCCUUGCUGCUGGGCCGCUGCUGCCCCGGCGCGGGCUACGGCGACAAGGUGAUCUGGGCCAUCAACGCCGGAGGGGAGGCUCACACCGACAUCCACGGCAUCCACUUCAAGCGGGACCCGCUGGAAGGCAAAGUAGGCCGGGCAUCGGACUAUGGAAUGAGAUUGCCAAUUUUUCGGUCAGUGCCUGAAGAUCAAGUUUUGUAUCAAACUGAGCGCUACAAUGAAGAAACCUUUGGAUACGAUAUUCCAAUUAAAGAGGAAGGCGAUUAUGUACUGGUUCUGAAGUUUGCUGAAGUGUAUUUUGCCCAGUCUCAACAGAAGGUCUUUGAUGUGAGACUAAAUGGACAGCAUGUAGUGGUGAAAGAUCUUGACAUAUUUGAAAAAGUGGGACACAGCACAGCACAUGAUGAACUGGUGUCUUUCACAAUUAGAAAAGGAAAACUCAGUGUGCAAGGAGAAGUGUCUACAUUUAAUGGGAAACUACUUGUAGAAUUUGUCAAGGGUUACUAUGACAACCCAAAAGUCUGUGCUAUAUGCAUCAUAAAGGGAACAGUGGAGGAUGUUCCCAAACUCCUGCCUCAUCCUGGUCUAGAAAAAAAGGAAGAGGAGGAAGAAGAUGAUGAUUAUGAGGAAGGUAAUGAGAAGAAGACAGUAAGCAAAAAGAAGGUGAAGUCGGGACCUCGAACACCAGACCCAUAUGCCUCAGAUAACAGCAGCCUAAUGUUUCCCAUUUUAGUUGCCUUUGGGGUCUUCAUUCCCACCUUGUUUUGUCUCUGUCGGUUAUGAGAUACACUUCGCAUGUACAGUGGUGCUUGUGGGUGAGGAGUUUUGAGACCGUGUGGGGCAGUCUGUUUAAAGCAGUUUAUUUCUCUUCCCUCUUUUUAGAAACGAGGGGGAGAAAGGAAGAGAAAUGGUUUGUAUGAAAAUUUGAAGGCUUGAAUCGCAAUAAGUGGUUUUUUGGUUAAUAGAUUCCCAAUUUUUAAAAAUAAACUCUCCUGCAAUAAUUCUGAAGUGCAAAAUUAAAAGCCCCAAAUAACUGAGUGCUUAAACUGGAGGCUGAAACAAUGUUGUCCGUGUUUGGCUCUGGUUAACGUAUAAUGUAAAGAACUUUCUGAUUAGGUUGGGGAAUAAAUGUACCGAUUAUCUGAAAGUGAAGUCUAUGUGCCAGUAUAUGAAUUAUUUGCCAUUCAAAGUUAAAGGAAAUUCAAAAUCCACUCUUAAAACUUGAAUGGAGAACUUUAAAUGAGAAAGGUACUAUAAACAAAUAUGGUGAUUGACCAAUAUGUAUUUUUGUUUUGAAUCAUUCCCCUCCCUCCUUUGCUAUACUGUGCCUACCUGCACUUGGGCAUUGGCAUGAAUUUUUUUCUUUAAAUAGUGAGCUAUGAGUGUAUUGAAAUGAACAGAUUUGAGCUCGUAUUUCAGCUGGUUAUAAAUGGUGCUUAGACACUGGGUACAAGGUUUUCAAAGAUUGAGAGGCCAUGUUAGUUUCAUUUGUAUUUGAGAUUUAUGUGGUGGUUUGGUUGGUUGUUGAAAGAUACCUCCCAAAUGAUUUUUGUUAGCCUGAAUUAUGAAAUCAAAACAGCAAAUUCUCAAUGUCAAAAAUCAAACUAAUGUAUAGCAAUUCUGUUAGCAGCUGAAAAAUGACAAUGUUUUACACUUUUUAGGCACUCGGCCUGCUGUAUAUUCCUGCCGCCUUCUGUUUUUAUUCCAGAUUUUCAGGAUUUACAGUUUAAGAAUAUUUCCUCACUUGUUUUCAUUAUCAAGUUCCCCACUAAAAGGGAUUUGAAAUGGAUUGCAUAAUAAAAACAGUAAAAUUUUAAA